GCUUAAUAAAAUAAAAGUUAAAUUCAUGGGUUAAUAAUUAAUUAGUAUCCGUUCAUUAUUGUGUUGUUCAGUCUUUUCUUUUUUGAAAUGAGAAUGGUUCUAAGUUCUAACAUAUAGAUUCCUAACAUCUAUAAUCAAGUGCCAAAAACGACACAACAAAUUGAUGGUUCUUCUUUCUUGCCUUUUCAAUUCAUUGUCGUUUACAUAAACAUGUCGUUUGUUUAGCUUCCAACUCCCACACACCACACCACACCACACCACAAUCAUUAUCAUUUUUCUUAGAACAAACUUCAUACUAAUGAGUGCUGACUUUGUGGCUUUAGUACCCAAAACAAGGCACUUCCUCACAAAACAACUCAAAAUUAUCAUUGCUUCUAAAUCCCUCCCAAGAACUAAAUUACUCCAUGCCCAGACCAUUACAUUGGGUUUGUUGUCCUCUUCUUUCACAUCAAAUUUUGCUAAGUCUUAUGCUUUGUGUGGUCAUGUUGUUUAUGCCCGCAAACUGUUCGAUGAAUUGUCUGACCGAAGCUCUUUGUUGUUUAACGUUGUCAUAAGAAUGUAUACUCAAAAGGGUAUGUACUAUGAUGCUCUUAAAGUGUUUGGUGAGAUGAUUACUGUUGGAGAGUGUGUUCCUGAUAACUUUACUUACCCUUUUGUUGCUAAAGUAUGUGGCGAGUUGUCGUUGCUCGAGGUUGGUUUCGUUGUUCAUGGACGGGCAUUGGUUGCUGGUUAUGAGUCAGAUUCUUAUGUCCAAAACACCCUUUUAGCAAUGUACAUGAAUUGUGGGGAUACAGAAACAGCUCGAAGGACUUUCAUGGCGAUGAAGGAACGAACGGUGGUGUCUUGGAAUACCAUGAUUAGUGGGAAUUUUCGUAAUGGAUUUGCUGAGGAAGCAUUGGUUAUCUUUGAAUGGAUGUUGAAUGAGGGUGUUGAGCCUGAUUGUGCCACUGUUGUUUCAGUGUUGCCAGCUUGUAGUUGCACUAAAAAUUUGGUUUUGGGAAGAAAAGUUCAUGCCUUUGUGGAAGAGAAGGGAUUGGAGAAGAAGAAUAUAACAACAUCCAAUGCUUUAGUGGAUAUGUAUGCAAAAUGUGGUGAAAUGAGUGAAGCAAGAUUAGUUUUUGAUAAGAUUAGUAAGAGGGAUGUUGUGACAUGGACAAGUAUGAUCAAUGGCUACAUUUUGAAUGGUGAUUUAAGAAGUGGGUUGGAACUUUUUGUACUGAUGCACAAUGAAGGAGUAAAACCCAAUGCUGUGACUAUAGCUUCUCUUCUUUCAGCUUGUGCUACUCUGUCUUUUUCGAGACAUGGCCGGUCUUUGCACGGUUGGGCAUUGAGGCAAAAACUUGAGUCUGAUGUAAUUGUAGAGACUGCCUUGAUUGACAUGUAUGCAAAAUGUAAGUAUGUAAAUCACAGCUUUCAGGUUUUUGCAAAGACUUCAAGAAAGAAAAUGGUUCCAUGGAGUGCCAUUAUCUCUGGAUUUAGUUACAAUGGGCUAGCUAGAGAAGCAAUUGAGCUUUUCAAACAGAUGAGAAUGGAAGGUGUACAAACACAUGAGGCAACACUGAAUGGUCUUCUUCCAGCAUACUCGAUUCUAGCAGAUUUUCGUCAAGCAAUGAAUAUACAUUCUUACCUUAUUCGAGCUGGUUUUCUUUCAAGCAUUGAAAUUGCCACUAGUUUGAUUGAUGUGUAUUCAAAAGCAGGGAGUUUAGAAUCUUCUCACAAGAUGUUUAGCGAAAUCCCCGCGAAGGAGAAGGACAUAAUCGCAUGGAGCGCUAUAAUUGCAGGGUGUGGAAUGCACGGCCAAGGUGAAAUUGCUGUCUCAUUUUUCAAUCAGAUGGUUCAAUCUGGUGUGAGACCAAAUGAAGUCACUUUCACUUCUGUUUUGCAUGCUUGUAGUCAUGCCGGGUUGGUUGAUGAAGGGCUGCACUUGUUCAAAUCCAUGUUUGAAACUAAACUAGUGAAACCGAACACCGAUCAUUACACAUGUAUCGUUGAUCUUCUUGGUCGUUCGGGUCGAUUAGAAGAGGCUUAUGAUCUAAUCAAAAGUAUGACAUUCAUGCCUAACCAUGCUAUAUGGGGUGCAUUGCUUGGUGCUUGUGUUAUACAUGAGAAUGUUGAAAUUGGAGAGAUAGCUGCAAAGUGGUUGUUUGAGCUUGAACCCGAAAAUACAGGAAAUUAUGUACUAAUGGCGAAAAUUUAUUCUGCAUUAGGUAGGUGGAAGGAUGCAGAAAACUUGAGACUAAUUAUGAGUGAGAUUGGUUUAAGAAAAUCACCAGCUCAUAGUUUGAUUGAACUUAGAAAUAUGUGAAUUGAUUUUUGGUAACUUAGUUAGUUAAUUAUAGGCAUAUAUUUCUUUUGUAUUUUCAUUAAGAAUAUACAUGAUUAAACAGUUUUGAAAUCUCUUAUUUAUCUCUUGAGUUUCACAUUUGUAUUUGAAUUUUACUACAGCAACCAAAACAAUAGUAUUGCACUAUUACAGAGAAAUUUGGCACCA